ACCAAUCAACUGCGCUGAAGACUCGUUCCUCUGCUAAAACUCCCGCGCUCUUCGUUUCCUUUGAUAAUCAUAAUGCUGCUACUCUCUCACUCUAUUUCUUCCUCUUUCUCUUUUCAGAUCAUUCCAUCUCUCUCACUACAUUUCUCUUUCGCUUUCUUUUUUUUUUUUAAUCUGAAAAACAAGAAAAAAACGAAUAUAAACCCACCGCCAUGGAUGAAGAGUAUGAUGUUAUUGUUCUGGGCACUGGCCUCAAAGAAUGUAUUCUCAGUGGCCUCCUUUCUGUCGAUGGCCUCAAAGUUCUACACAUGGACAAAAAUGACUAUUAUGGAGGAGAGUCCACCUCUCUCAAUUUGAAUCAGCUCUGGAAGCGGCUUAGAGGAGAUGAACAGCCCCCCGAAUAUUUAGGUUCAAGCAGAGAGUACAAUGUUGAUAUGAUUCCAAAGUUCAUGAUGGCAAAUGGAACUUUGGUCCGAGUGCUCAUUCAUGCAAAUGUCACCAAGUACCUAAACUUCAAGGCAGUAGACGGUAGUUUCGUCUACAAUAAAAAAAAGAUAUACAAGGUUCCAGCAACUGAUGUUGAAGCCUUGAAAUCCCCGUUAAUGGGGUUACUUGAAAAGCGCCGUGCUCGAAAGUUCUUUCUUUUUGUUCAAGACUUUGACGAGAGUAAUCCCAAGACUCAUGCAGGGAUGAAUAUGGACACAACCACUGGACGAGAACUUAUUGCAAAAUAUGAACUGGACGAUGACACAAUUGAUUUCAUCGGCCAUGCUUUGGCACUGCACACUAAUGAUAGUUACUUAGACCAGCCAGCUCUGGAUUUCGUUAAGAGAGUGAAGCUGUAUGCAGAAUCAUUGGCACGCUUUCAAUCUGGAUCUCCUUACAUCUAUCCAAUGUAUGGACUCGGAGAAUUGCCUCAGGCAUUUGCACGUCUCAGUGCAGUGUAUGGUGGGACUUACAUGCUAAACAAGCCACAAUGUAAGGUCGAGUUUGAUGAAAAUGGAAAAGCAAUUGGAGUGACAUCUGAAGGAGAAACUGCCAAAGGCAAGAAAAUUGUCUGUGAUCCUUCAUAUUUACCUGAUAAGGUCCAGCAGAUAGGGAAGGUUGCUCGUGCCAUAUGUAUAAUGAGCCACCCGAUCCCAGACACCAACGAAUCUCAUUCGGCCCAAGUUAUUAUCCCACAGAAGCAACUUGGUCGUAAAUCAGAUAUGUAUCUGUUCUGCUGCUCGUAUGCUCACAACGUGGCACCAAAAGGAAAAUACAUAGCAUUUGUUUUGACAGAAGCUGAGACCGACAACCCAGAGACUGAACUGAAGCCUGGGGUAGACCUUCUUGGAAAGGUUGACGAGAUAUUUUAUGAAACUUACCACAGAUUUGUACCCACAAAUGACGGUUCUGCUGACAAUUGUUUUAUAUCUACGAGUUAUGAUGCAACAACACACUUUGAGUCCACAGUUAUGGAUGUGUUGUCCAUGUACACCAAUAUAACUGGAAAGGUUCUCGAUCUGUCGGUGGACCUGAGUGCAGCAAGUGCUGGUGAUGAACAAUAAGCUCCUAUACACGCCCUCGAUUUCCAAGCUUUUGGUGUAUUCUCCGCCUCAUUACAUAAUCAGCUACCCGACUUUUGCUAAUGGUUCUGAUGCUAAUCCCCAGUAGAAGAUCGUGUCCCGUCCUUCAGCUCCUAGUACAGGAGAAAACUACUUAGUACAUGCUUCUGUUGAGCUACAUAAAAAUUCAUUGCCAAGUUUCUUGAAGUUGUUUUUGCUUUUGCCUUAUGUUGUUGUGUCUGCUAUAAGAACAUAGUUUCUUGGCAGUUUCUACUCAAAAGUUUUCUGCUAUAAAGCCUCUUGUCUGGAUUUGUUGCCUGGAGAUUCCAUAGAACACAUAAGCAGCAGCAACCCAAAUGGACAAUUAAUGUUUUUGGACAAUUGCAAUUUACAAUUAUGGUUUCUGAUGGUCGGAA